AAAGACACGCACCCAUUUCAAUGACCAGAAAUCUUCUACAGAAGCAUAUUAAAAUCAAGGUCUAUGCAAUUGAGAAGAUCGGAAUAAGCUUUAUUCGUGCUUCAAUGCUGUGCUACAUUACCAUUGGCAAGCAUUCUGUAACCAGGUUGACCUAUGCAGCCACUGCAGCGACGAGUUUGACGGAUCAACGAAUCAUUGAGCCUACUGACACACGAAGUAGUAUGCCAGCGGCAUGCAAGGAGCAAGAAUUGACGAUGAGCCUAUCGGUUGAGAUCUUGCAUGCCGUUUGA